AUGACGGAUAAUAAUGGCGAUGAGCACAGUGUCGUCAGGAUAUUGGAUGCGAUUAGAGGGCUGGAGGAUCAAGUAAAGGCUUUUUGCAAAACAGAGGAGAAACCUAGGGAAAUUAUCCACGGUGAAAUUUGUCCAAGAAACAUCCUUGUAACACCAACUAUGAGAGAAAAACUAGGUGAUCUAGGAGCCGCUCGUUUUCAAGAUUCUUCCCUGUCGGUCGGCCUGCUCAGUUCACAGUCAUCUCUUGUGAGAUUUGAUGUUCCAACUCGACCAAAAAGCAAGGCUACGGACAUGUAUAGUAUGGGAGUGACUAUGUGUGAAGUUUUCACGGCUGAUUUUCCAGAUCGUGAACAAAGGAUGGAUCAAGUUUUACUCAUCCGUCAGAUAGAUGUUCGUUCAGUAUGCAAACACUUGAUGAGAGAUGAUCAUGUCACUCGACCAACUGUGGCAAAAGCCCGUCAUGUUAUUGGUCGUAUUCGUGAGACAGACGAAUAUAAAGCAUGUCUUUCUGAGAGAAUGAGAAAAGGAAAGAUGGAUUGA